CAGUUUCCAGCUCCACAUACUGUACCCCUCGGCGAGGCUGCUUGGAGUGGAGGAGAGCUUGACUGUGUUUCCUUGUCCACCACUGAACAUUUUUGUGGAGGGUCCGUCGGUCUUUUUUUUUUCCACCAUUUGCGGCGGAGAAGCUCCAGGCCUCAGGAAGCUCACCCUUACUCUGCGUCAGUUUGCUUUGCUCGCCUCGCCAUUACGAACCGCGACGGUGAAAAUCCUCUUGCCGACCGCCCUUGCUCGAAGGAGGAGCAGCAGCAGUAAGCCAAACCGAGCUAAGACCGCGCAAAGCCACCGCAUCGCGUAUCUUGCGCCGUCUAUCAUCCAGCCUCAAAGCCACCGCCUUUCUGCGCCUUUUUAUUUCUUCCCCUCCUCCAUCCGCGUCGUUUCCUCUCCCCACCUUUUCCGCAAUGGGAGCUCAACAAUCCGCCGCCAAGGGAGUCAAGCUGCGUCGCCGCGGCGCCACCGCGGGAGCUGUUACCGCGGACGAGCUUAACGAAGCAGGCGUUGACCUCGCGAAAGCCGUCGCGCAAUCCUCCAAGAUCCAGGAGCUCGCGCGCGCACAAGCAGGCGCGCAGGCUGGCGCGGCCGUCGCCGUCGUCCCCGCGAGAUCCGCAGCUGCGGGAGGAAGCUCGGAUGCGCGGAGGAAGACGCGCGCGUCGUCGACGCUGGACCUGCCGCCAUGGGAGGUGGUCGCCAGCUUGACGGAGGCCGACUGGGUGGCGCUCCGCGCGUGGAUUGAGGCUGGAUGGCGCUGCCGCAAGUGCGGUCACGUGCGCGACGACGGCAACGAGCAUCCCAAGGCGGCGCAGCUGCUGCAGCGCUGCGGCAUCCACCUCCCCAAGCCCGGCACAGCCAGCGGCACGCGCGCGGGCGGCGCCAGCGCCAGCGCCGCUGGGUCCGGCGCCGGCUCUCCCGCUAUUAGCGGCCGCACGACCCCGUCUACUACCACUACCGGGAUGCAUGCUAUCGAGUACGCUUCCGCUUCCCCCGAUAACCAAGUCGGGUAUCUUUCCGACACCUCUUCUCCCAACACUUCCCGCACGGGCUCCCCGCAGCGGGACUCGCGCGGCGCGCGGAGGAGCGGCCCCGCGGGCUCCGACACGUCGCACGACGCGUCCCCGCGCUUCCACGGCGGGUCCCCGUUCGGGGGAUCCGAUGGGGGAGUCUCGGCAGGGGGAGCGGGCGGGGGGGCGGGGACGACUGCGGCGAAUGUUCUCGGAAUCGAGGCGUGCCCCCACAUGCAGGGGAAGAUGAUUGCGGGGAGCGACCGCGCGAGCGAGAUCGACAGCUUGAAUUCGAGCUUCAGGGAAGAGACGGGGAGCACGCGCGGCAUGGGGGGAGUUCCGCCUGCCGGCGGCGUGCGGAAGGGCGGCGGGGCGGCCUCCGGGGAGGCGCUGCAGCGGAAGCUUCUGUCCGCUAUUGCGCGCGCGCACCAAGUGUACUUCAUCGAUAAGGAGCCGAACGGCACGCUGGUGUUCGACUUCCUGCUGUCGGCGCUGCUCGACGUGACCGCGUCGGGCUUCGGGUUCAUCUCGUCCGCGCUGCUCAAGGCCGACGGCACGCCCUACCUCAAGACCCACGCCAUGACGAACGUGGCCUGGACCAAGGAGCUGCGCGCAUGGUACGCGGCGAACGCGCACAAGGGGCUGGUGUUCACCAACAUGAACACGCUGCACGGCACCGUGGUGCUCACGGGGCAGGCCGUCAUCACCAACGACGCCGUCAACGACUCGCGGUCCCGCGGCGUGCCGCCCGGCCACCCGCCCAUUGAGACGUUCAUGGGCAUUCCGCUGUACACCGGCACGGAGCUGAUCGGCAUCUUCGGGCUGGCGAACCGCAUGGAGGGGUACGACGAGCAGCUGGCCAAGGACCUGGAGCCGCUCACGCUGACCAUCGCGCAGAUGAUCUACGCCGUGAACGAGCGGAAGCGGCGCAAGGAGGCGGAGCUGCAUUUGUCCAGUGUGGUGCAGGUGGCGAACGAGGGCAUCAUGUCGCUAUCGCACAGCGGGCACGUGACGUCCAUGAACCACUCGGCGCGCGUCAUGUUUGGCUUCGCUGCGCCCGGCAGCGAGCAGUCGGAGGACGUGCCGCCGCCCGCCAACCUGCAGAUCACGGACCUGCUGCUGGAGGUGGACGGCCAUGCUAACUUCCUGAGGGAAGGUCUGGAGCACCAUGCGGGGCACGUGCACUCGGGGCAGGGGCAGCGGCAAGACGGCAGUCUGUUCCCCAUGGAGGUGUCGAUCAGCAAGGGCACCUACGACACCGUCUUCUAUGUCGCUGUUGUCAGGGACGUCUCGGAGAAGCUCGACUCCUCCCGCAAGCUGCAGGAGAGCGAGGAGCGGUGGAAGUACGCGCUGCACGGCAGCGAGCUGGGCGUGUGGGACUGGAACGUGCGCGACAACACCCUCGAGCUCAGCGACCAGUGGAAGGCGCUGCUCGGCUACUCGCCGGACGAGCUGGAGGCGACGGUGGAGGCGUGGGAGGGCCUGCUGCACCCCGACGACGCGGCGUCGGCGUUCAUCGACCUCAAGGCGCACCUGGACGGCCGCACGCCCGUCUUCGUGCACGAGCAGCGCCUACGCUGCAAGGACGGGUCGUACCGUUGGCUGCUGCACCGCGGGCAAGUGGUGGCGCGAGGGGAGAGCGGCGAGCCGCUGCACUUUGUGGGCACGCAUGCGGACGUGACGGACCGGAAGCAGACGCACGCUGCUGUCGUGGCCGCUGACAGCGCUAACGCCCGCCUCAGAACUGCCGAGGCUGGCCUGUUCGCCAAGCUGGACCAUGAGGUUCGGGAGCCAAUCACGAGUGUGCUGGAGAGCACCAAGGCGCUCAAGGAUGCGCCGGAGCUCACUGACGAGCACCGGGCGGCAGUGAAUCAGAUCGAGGAGAGCGGGCGGCAGCUGGCGUCUGUUGUGGCAGACGCUCUGGACAGCAGCAUCAUUGAGGCAGGCGGCUGGACGCCCAAGCUGGCACUCACUACCGUGGCUGAGAUGGCGGAGGCGGCAGCGGAGGCGAUGGCGGCGUCAGCGGAGAGCAAGGGGCUGGAGGUGGUGGUGGACGCAUCGCCCGACGCCCCGCCCUUCAUCCUCGCUGACUCCACGCGCACCCUCCAGGUACUGGUGUCGCUGCUCUCCCUGGCCAUCCAGUGCACGUCGCGUGGCUUUGUGCGGCUGCGCAUCUACAAGGAGACGCCACCAGCAGCAGCGGGCGGCAAGUCCAUUGUGCUCGUGGCGUCCGUGGAGUCCCCCGCAGCUCCCGCUGCUCUCUCCGCUGCCUUUGAGGCCAACCAGGGAGGCCUGCUGGCGGCUAAGAUGCUGGUGGAGGCGAUGGGGGGAGCCAUCACGCUGGUGGCGGAGCAGCACCGUGUGCCGUCCAUCGCAGUCAAGUUCCCCGUGGACCUCACCCGACCGGAGUUCCAGAGCGCCGUGGUGCUGCGCCCCUCUGCACCGCCCGUCAUCGAGCAGCCGCUCCGGCAGUCGCGCGUGCUCGUGGUGGGCGCGCUGCAGGUGACAACAGCAGCCAUAGCCAAGCAGCUGCACGCGUGGCACGUGCCCCACAGCACCAGCAGCAGCACGCCAGAAGAAGCCUUCCUCUCACUCUUCCCCGCACACGCCCUCCCCCCAGUCAUGACCUCCCCCGGCCAAUCCCCCCCCACAACCUUCCCGGACGGAACCCCCCGCGACGGCCUCUCUCUAGACUACGACCUAGUGGUAGUGGACUGCUCUCAAAAGAAGCAGGUGCAGGGGGACCCGGAUAUGCUGGCGGUGCUGCAGCUGCUGGCGAGGGACCGCGUGGGCGUGGUGCUGCUGCUGAGCCGGACCGUGGCGAGGGACCCGGGGUUCAGGAAGGAAGUGGAGGCGGCUGCGGACUGGCAUGGGCAGGCGCCCGUGCUGCUGGCGAAACCAAUGGUGCGUCCCAGGGCUCUCCUGGAGGCAUUAGAGGACGCACUCCUGCUGCUCCCCGGCAACGACCACGCGCUGUCGGACCUGCGGGGCGCGGCGCACGACAGCGAGGAGAAGGACAAGCAGGCGGCGGACCAGGCGCUCAAGGAGGGCAAGGGCGCCAUCGAGCGGGCCACACAGGGGGGCGCGCUGCAGGGCCGCGCACUCGUGGCGGAUUGCAACGCCGCGGAUCGCAGGGUGGCAGAGCGGCUGUGUGCGGCCAUGGGGCUGGCAGUGGAGGGGGUGAGCUCGGUGGUGCGAGCCAUGGAGCGCAACCAGGCGGCGGGCUUCGACCUCAUCCUCAUCAACACGCAGAUGCCUGGAGUGGACCUCCCUGCAGUGCUGCAGGCCCUGCAGAGCGACCACCGCCGACGGGGUGCCACUCGCGCUCUCAUUGUCGUCGGCCUUUGCACAGGCCUCGAUGAGAAGCAGAGGGCUGCUCACCUUGCAGAGGGUCUCUCAGAGGCUCUGCCCAAGCCAUUUACCAUUGGCGCACUGGAGUCUGUUCUUCGCUCCUUCCUGCCCCCGCAGUGAUGGUAGCUGCUCGGGACCGGGAUGAGAGGAGGGAGGAUGCAGUCAACAAACAUAUAUUCUGUAUACAGCUAUCUAGUUAGUUUAGAUAUGUUAUAGCCUAGUUAGAUCAGUUCUUAAAGGAGACAAUAUUUGUACUUGUAUCUCCCCUCCCCUCAGAGUCACUUUCCCCGUACUCGAACAUGGUAUUGAGCUAGGUUAGAUUUUUUCCCACUGUUACUCAUGCUUCUGUUGCUGUAGACUCUUUUUGCUUGUUUCCCUCUCAAAUCCCGUGCCCU